AUGCGUGCAGGAGGUGGAGGAAUGGGGUAUGAGAAGAAGGAGAUGGACCUCAUCCGAGAGCUAAUGAGCGGCUACAUGAAGUCCGUGCGACCGUGCCGACAUUCCCACGAGCCGGUGGAUGUCUCCUUCGGCCUCGCCCUCACUCAGAUCAUCGACGUCGAUGAGAGAAAUCAAAUUCUCACGACCAACUGCUGGUUGAAGGAGGUGUGGAAGGACUACGGGCUGCAAUGGAAUGCGUCAGAAUACGAAAACGUGACGGUGGUCCGCAUCCCCUACGACCAAGUGUGGAAGCCGGACAUCAUCUUGUACAACAAUGCAGACAGCCAAUACAGCAGUGCGGUAUUGAGCACGAACGUGAUCGUCAAGUUCACGGGAGAGGUCGCGUGGCUCAGCAGUGCCAUUUUCAAGUCUUCGUGCCAAAUCAACGUGGAGUUUUUCCCCUUCGACGAGCAGAGGUGCUCCAUGAAAUUCGCUUCCUGGACCUACGGAGGCGAUCAGGUGAAUCUGCUGCGAGACACGGAGGAAGGGGACUUGACGAAUUACGUGAAGAAUGGCGAAUGGGACCUCAUUGAGAUGAAGGUGGAACGGAGCGUUCAAUAUUAUUCGUGUUGCUCGGAACCCUAUCCUGACAUCACAUACACGAUCGUCCUCAGGCGACGACCCCUUUUCUAUGUAUUCAACCUGAUCCUGCCGUGCGUGUUGAUCACGGGCGUGGCCCUGCUGAGUUUCUACAUGCCGUCGGAUUCGGGAGAAAAGGUGACUCUGGGGAUCACGACGCUCCUUUCCAUGACUGUCUUCCUCAUGGUGAUCGGAGAGAGCAUGCCCCCCACCUCCGAGAAACUUCCCCUCAUCGGGCUGUACUACGGGGUGACGAUCUCGCUGGUAUCGUUCGCUACGGGGCUCUCGGUGGUCACCCUCAACAUCCACCAUCGAGGGAUGAGGGGGAGGGAAGUGCCCGGAGUAGUCAAGAAAAUCGUGUUCGGCUUCCUUGCCAAACUCAUGUGGAUCCGCCUCGAUCCACCCGACCAUCUCCGGCUCAAAGCCAGGGCAAGGAGAUCCAAUUCCGAGUGCCCAUAUUCCGAGAUUCAAAUGAGUGCCCUGAGUACGAUGGAAAUGGCUCAGUCUUCCGAAGAAUCCAUGCACUUCAAAGAAAACGGCGGAGUCACCCCCAGGUUUAACAGGAGGAUGGCGCUUGGAGGAGAGAGUUUCGAGAGGCAGUUCCUAAGAGUGCUCAAUAAAGUCUAUCAGACGAUCGAGAAAAAUGAUUCCCGACUCGCCGAGCAAGACAGGAGAGACACUAUUCGUCUCGAAUGGCAACAGGUCGCCCUCGUCAUUGACAGGCUGCUGCUGUGGGUGUUCAUCGUUGCCACGAUCGGAGCCACGUUCGGGAUCCUCUACAUGUCCCCCCACACGAAGCUCUUCACCAUGUGAAAUUGUGAUACGCUUCGCACCCAUCGACGCCUCUCCGGACCACAAAUCUUUAAUUGCCGAAUUCCAAAGUCGUUUCACAGUCAUGGCAGCAGGGUAAAGUUUUCCAGGAGCUUCCCGACGACUGCUGAAAUUUGUGUGAUGCAAUGGGAAGCGCAUUCCAUCCUCCGGGUACCGACGUGAAAGAAGCAGAGAGAUAUUUGGGA